AUGGUAAAGAAAGUCUUCGACAGUCAAGAAAGAAAAUUCAAAAGCUUAGGAAAAGGAGUUUCUCAAACAUUAAGACAAGUUUUGCCGACUAUUUGUUCAAACUUCAAAAAUAGUGCAUUUAUUACUGUGUCACUUUUUGUUAGUUUCCGAUAUAUCGUGCUCUCACGGCCAUGUGUCGUAUGUAAAAAUGUCCUGAAGAUUUUCUGCGGCAGCACAUUAACUGAAAAAUCGCCGCUCGAAGUCUUAUGA